CUACUACUACUACUACUACUACUACCGCCGCUACUCAAUUGAUUCCUCCAAUUGCUUCUCAACCACAACAACAGCCUGUCUUGCAAUCACCCGAAGAAAACGAUCUCAUGUCAAAUCAAAUGUCUUUAUCCUCGUUACCUCACUUCAACUCAUCAUCGACUCAGGUGUCAAUGGUGACUCCCUUGAAGGAAUUACCAUGGUCACAUAGUAGCGCUGAUAACUUUCAUCCACCAUUGAAUUCUACUUCUCAUGAUAUUGACAUCCAAACUUCAACCUAUCUUGGGUUGAACUCCGCACCAUACAAUAUGGUAAACAAUACCCCUCAAUCUCCUUCAACAACUUCUUCUAGCCAUACUUCUUACUACAUCACUUCUUCGUCACCCAAUCUUGACAUAUACAAUCCUCACUCUGACUCUUCUUCACUUUCCUUACAGUCCUUCACAUCUCAACCAUCACAACAACACUAUCCUACUACAACGAAUACUACCAACAUGAUCCAUCCUAUGCUUCUUGCACCCUAUUACAUGUCUACAACUGAAGUCGCAACGGUCCCUCAUGGUUUUGUAUACUCUACCAAUAUGCAAAACCAUGAGCGCCAACAAAGUGACGGUAGCGACUUUUAUCUGUCUUAGACUUACAAGUAAAAGGAUAUGGUAUAUGAUAAAGAAGUACAAGAAUGGUCUCAAAAAAAGAAAGACUAUAUUUAAUAUUCCUUUCUCUAAACAUUGAAUAUGAUUGAUAUAACAGGUUAUGACAAUCAUUGUUUCAACCCAAUCUUUCUACUUUGCCAUAGUUAUCUCGUAUGCUUUCCUUUUAAAGUCCAAUUAUUAAGUUGUACAUGUAUAUAGCUAUCCUACUCUAUUCUGACAACCAUGCUACCAUUUCUCUUAUUACUCCUUUAAUUUUUUUUUUUCUUUUUCUUUUCCUAUAGCUAUUGCUGGAUGUUCCUGAAUGUAUGUUUCCUUCUCGAAUAAAGAUUAAUUUUUUUCUGAGUUCUUUUUUUUUUUUUUUUGUUU